AUGGAUACACGUGGGUCCCGGUUCUUGGACCCAUCUUCUGCGGUGGCAGCGAUUACUAGGCACAAAGCCGAGGCAAUAAAACUGGCCCGAGAUCAAGGGACUGCCGUGAAGGAGAUGUGCCGACGUGCGAAAACAGAAGUUCCACCAUAUGAAUUCGAAGAGUUGAUUGGUAAGGGUGCCUAUGGUCGUGUUUACAAAGGACGAGAGAUGCCAUCUGGCCGGCUGGUCGCCGUCAAGGUGCUGGACAUUGAUUCACUGGACUAUAAAUCUCUGCGUGAUUUCAGAGACGAAUCGAUCAAAGACUUCAUUCACGAAACCAAAGUGAUGAAACAGGUCAAAGAUUCAGGUGCCAAAAACAUCAAUGAGCUUAUAGAAGCGAUCUCUAUCCACUCACAGCUUUGGCUGGUUUGCGAAUAUUGUCCUGGUGGAAGUGUGCGGACACUGAUGCGCGCAACCGGCGAUAAAUUGGAAGAGCGAUUUAUUAUUCCAAUUGCCCGGGAGCUGGUAGUGGGCUUGCGUGCCAUUCAUGAUGCUGGGAUUAUCCAUCGUGACAUAAAAGCGGCAAAUAUCUUAAUUCACGAGGAAGGUAGACUGGAAAUCUGUGAUUUCGGUGUGGCCGGAAUCCUGCAGUCCCAGCGAGACAAGCGGUCAACAUGGAUUGGCACACCUCAUUGGAUGCCACCAGAGAUGUUCUCAACCCGGGGUCAAGCCCAUCAAUAUGGCAGUGAAAUUGAUGUAUGGGCGUUUGGCUGCACAUUAUUUGAGUUUGCCACCGGAAACCCACCCAAUGCAGGCCUUCGUGAACGCAUGCAAAUUGGACGCCAACUCAAUAGGAACACACCCAAGCUUGAUAGCGAGGACUACAGCGACGGGCUGAAGGACCUUAUCUCGUAUGCUCUAGACUCUAACCCAUCCACCCGUCCUUCCAUGGCGGAUAUCCUAGAACACCCCUAUAUUGCUGGCACUGAAGAAGAAUACCCUACAUCAUCAGUGGGGGACCUUGUCAGGAAUUAUUAUCAAUGGUCGCAACGAGGAGGACAGCGUAUUUCCUUGUUCCACCCUGGAGGUGCUGCAGCCGCUGAGCUUCCAGGUACAGAAGAGUCAGAGGAUGAUUGGAACUUCAGUACAACGGAUGGCUUUGAGCGAAGGUUCUCGGUCAUCGACCUUGAUCAGUUGGCUGCUUCUCUGGCCGAAAUGGAAGAGUCAGUCAGCCCAACUACAGCUACUCCAGAUCACGACUUCCACGAUGACCCGUCAGACAAUGAAUCAAACCCAGAAGACAAAGCGAACUUUGACGAGAGGGUCCGGCGGGGAGCUGUUGCGAUGGAGGGGCUUUUUGACGAGGAAAAGCCGAGCUACAAAUAUGAAACCAAAAACGAUUUUGUGCCCAUUGAGCCUCCUCAGCCGAUUUCUGACCUGCCCCUCCGCACCGACACAGACCGGUCCUCCGUGACAUCCACCUUCAUUGAUAUUGAUAUCGGCUCCUUUGAUUCUUCCCACUAUGCAGCCGGUGCACCAUCCGCACAGCCUUUCCAAUUAGCUGAUGCUGGCACAAUCCGUGCAAACCGAUCAAGUCUACGUGGUAGUCGCUCCAACGACAAUAGUUCACAGUCAUCUGUCAGUGGCGAAGAAAAUAUGGAAUCGCAAGAGGAAGAGUUUCAGCCCCAGUCAGGGCCCCGACCUCCCACCAUGGACUGGAAGUUCCCAGUCUUCUUAAACACAGAGGAGGAGGAGGUCAAGAAAGAAGAACCUGCCCCAGAAUCCGCACCUGAGCCUGCCCAAGAAGAACAAUUCCAGGCCGAAAAGCGUGCCACCAUGGAAUGGACAUUUCCUGUGAUGUCUGACCAGGUGUCAAACGACUCCAAUACGGAUCAAUACGAUACUCUCCGAGCACCACUGCCACCACUUCAGCCAGUUGAAGAGUCUGACAUCUCUCGUCCCGGAACGUCCGCCUCCAACUUGUCAAGUGCAUCUGAGUCAGACUACGAUCCUUUUCGAUUUGACCGUCCAACCACCCCUGAAGGCCCAAGAUCCAAGACCACCAGCCGAGCCCAGUCUUUUGACUCCACCAUUAGUUUGACUUUGUCAAACGGAGACCGUGAAUUCCCCGACGACAGCUCUGUUUCUCUUGAUGGACCCGGCCCUGACGAGGAGGAACCUCAUCCUCUGUGGAAUGAGAACACCGAAAUCAUCGACCCUAACAACAUCCCACCGCUUGAGCUUCCCUUGCCUCGUGAUGAUGUUGAAAAGGCCUCAACCCCGGUCUCCGAGCCUGGUUCUCCCGUCUAUGAUGAUCCACCCACUGUCCGACAGUCUGCCAUUUCUCGGGCUAGUGCCAUCAAAAGACCAGACUCGGGAGUGAUACCAUUCCCCGUCCUUAUGCCACCCAGUGCGGAAAGCUUGAUGGAAGGUGCCGACGAUGCUGUUGUUACUGCUGAGCUUGAGCGACUUCUUGAUGAUUUCCUCGAUGGUCUGGCUGCCACUGGACAAGCACUAUCUCGGUAUGGUGCGGCAAAGGACCCUCCUGAUGUUUAG